UCCCCCUCCUGCCGCCUCCCCAUUGGCCAAAACUGGGUCAGGCUCCUCCCAUCCUCUCUCCUCCCAUUGGUCAAAUCUAGGUCAGAGCCCCACCUGCCCCAUGGCAGACGCACAUGACAGAAGAAGCAGCUGGGGGGGUGAAGCCGUGUUUGCAAAUCUCUUGCUCUCGGGCGGCUGGUUGGUGGAGUGGGGCAAGCGAAGCCCCGCCCACUUUCGCUGCCCGGCCCUCCUACUUGGUUGCGGGAGGAGGGGCGAAUUCGGAAAUAGUUGCGAAGUGCUUGUGGAGGAAAGUAACCGGAGCAAUUUUUGCAAUUUUAUAUCUGCAUGUCUCUGUCUAUCGCACACGUCCAGCUCCAAUGCAUUGGUUCCCUUCUGGGGGAAGGCUGCAUAUUACUCAGGAACGGAUCGGGAUCCACUUUCGGUUUCUCCCCCUUACAAUAACGGGAGCCGGGGAGAGAGGCAGGUGCCAAAAUCUCGGAUUCCCUCAGUGCCAGCCCGAGAAGACGCUCUUUCCUCGUUGGAGAUCGCGCAUUUGCUUUUUCCAGCGCUUCUAGGAUUUAGCAGGAGGAGAGAAAGUCGGGACACUUUGCUGGAGACCGCCGAAGGGAGAGAAAAAAAAGCCACCUUAGGCGGUGGGCACCUCCUGGAGUUCGCUGCUGCCGCAACCUUCGUCAUGGCCCAGGGCAGUCCGGCACCCAGUCUCAUGUCUCCUCCUCUGGCGAUCAGCAGCCCCAGUUCCACUAUGGUCAGUCUCAAGAGCCUCCUGCAAGGACCGGUCAAGAGUCCUGAACGCCGGGGGGCCAAGGACCUGGGCUCAUGUGUUAUCAAAGACAAGGAACGUAAGAUGGAGGAUGACCUGAGUGUUUCAAGACCUGGGCACUGUGCAUAUCUGGGGUCCCUCCUGUGGGAGCGCACCUUGCCCUACAAUGAGAUUGAAUAUGUUGACUUGGAUGAGUUUUUGCUGGAAAAUGGUUUGCCCCCAAGUCCAGCCCAUCAGUCCUACUCCCCAGGCAGCCAGCCCACCACCUCGCCGUCCAGCGGGGUUGUGGUGGAUCUUAGUCGGCCUGCUUCUUGUGCGUCAUCGUCUUCGAUCUGUUCUUCAUCUGGUGAAGGUCCAGUGGGGAGUGAUUAUGACCAGAACUGCAGCAAGACAGGUCCUAUCACGCCUGUAUCCCGAAGCACACCCAGCCCAGUGGACCCUGAGGCUGUGGAGGUCCUCAUGAACUUUGACCCUGACCCUGCUGAUUUGGCACUGUCCAGCAUUCCUGGCCACGAGACCUUUGACCCCCGCAAGCAUCGGUUCUCAGAAGAGGAACUUAAGCCCCAGCCCAUCAUGAAAAAAGCACGGAAAAUACAGGUUCCUGAUGACCAGAAGGAUGAAAAAUAUUGGAAUAGGCGGUACAAGAACAACGAGGCAGCAAAACGCUCAAGAGAUGCUCGCCGCCUGAAAGAGAAUCAGAUCACUGUUCGGGCAGCCUUCUUGGAGAAGGAGAACGCGGUCCUUCGCCAAGAAGUGGCCAAUAUCCGCCAGGAACUAACCCGCUACCGCAGCAUCCUCUCUAAAUAUGAAUCGCAGCACGGCACCUUGUAAAAUCUACAGCAGGGUGCUGUGCUCUUCUCCGAUAUCCCGCCACCAAGGUGGUAGGGCCACCCUGGUUUUUCAACCCAGACCCCCGUCUUCCCGAACCGGGCAAACAAAUAAUCCAACAACAGAUGUUUGGAACGAGGGAAAGGUCUGCGGCGAGCACUUCCACCUGCAGGGACUAACCGUGGUUUUGGAUGCAGAAAGGAGAGUUCCUGGGUUGGCAUGGCCUGCCCCGCACCCAGAAAAGGACAGCAGCCAAGAUGUUGAACUGGGCAUCAUAGAUACCUGGGCCACACAAGGGCUCUGUAGCAGGUUGGAAGAUGUAUUGCACACACAAACACAUACAUGUACACGCACAUUCUCCGUACACCUCUGUCCUAGAGUUUGGCUUGGUGGUGAACUUUUCUAUCGAAAAAGAAUUCAGUCACAGACUGUCACGUCUGCAUACCUCUGUCUUGUAUGGCAUUUGGACGGGCCUCGGAAAUGGAUGACCCAGGAGCCCUUCAGGCACAUCUCAGUGCCUGGGCUUGGCCACACACACAUUUUUCCGCAGAUGACUGCACACCUUUGACCCUUUCUCAUUUCAUCCAUCGACUUUGGAGUUACGGAUAAGGGACAUGCAAGCCAGCUACAGAAGUGGAUGUGAUAAUCCAGAUUUUCUGGGCUCACAACCCUUCCCCCCAUUAAACCACUAUGACUCUACAUGCCCCUCCCAAGGAAGCCUAAGAGUCUUGGAUACCCUAAAUGAAAGAUCCUUCCUUUUAAGAGCAGUAAACAUCAGGACUCUGCUGCCUACAGAACGCCAAAUUAAAUCUGACGGGUUGCACGCUCAUUUUAUUUCCACCCUUGGCCGAAGGGGGCUUUACAUCUGAUGGCAAGGCUAGGGGUUCUUAGUUUUAAUUAUUACAGUUAUAUUACUCUACCUGUUUUUAGUUUAAAAGGCAAGUGAUCAAGUCUGUUUCCUCCUAGCACUGCCCAGUAUAGUGUCAUGUGUACAGAAACGUUAAAACACGAGACCUCAGUUGUGACCCUAAAUAUGAAAUCUAUAUAAAUACAUACAUAUAUGUACAUACAUACAUAUAUAUAUAUAUAUAUAAAGUUUUGUUUCAUCUCUUUUUUGUAAAACAGACAAAAUGUGUGGUUUGUAUGUGUGUGUAUUUAUAUAUGUCUAUAUGUAUAUACACACCGCCACAUUCACUCCAGGCAAGACUUAAGAGAUUACACUAUGUUCCUCUAUUAAGGGAAGGAUGGUUCUUUCGUACAGAAAGGGAAUGCUGGGCAAAUAUUUUUUAAAUCUCCUUUGGAGAGAUUCCUAAUCUUUUUAAUUUUCCACGUAACAGUGUUGUUAAGAGCUUUCAGAGAGGGCUUGAUGGCAGUUCCCCCCCCCACCCCCCCCAAAAGAUGUUUACAAUUAUAUGCUACAAGCAAUGAGGAAUAAAGGAAGAUGGGAUUUAAAAAACAA